UUUAUCUUAUCUAUGGUAAGAGUUGAUUUCAGGUCUUUCAGGUUUAACUUUUACCUAAAAGAAAUUUUGUAUUUACAAAAAUUUGAUUGAAAAAAUAAUGGGUAUAACGAAAGAUGUGCAUCUUCCAACAGAAGCAGAACUUACCGUUCCAGAAGUUAAACUUUCUGGCCCAGCUCUAAAAGCUGCAGCUUUCCAUUUAGGAAAGUAUUGUCAGAACGUUAAUAAUGAAUUUGUAUUAUGUCGAGACGAAUUAGGAGAUCCGCGGGCAUGCAUUGGAGAAGGAAAAGCUGUAACGGCGUGUGCCUUAAAAUUUCUUAGAUUAGUUAAAUCGAAUUGUGCAGGUGAAUUUACCCAAUAUGCCAACUGCUUAGACAAAUCCAGUACUGAUCAAUCAUAUUCUGUGUGUCGUAAAACUCAAGCAGUUUUUGAUAAGUGUAUGUUAGAUAAAUUAAAGAUGGAAAGACCAUAUUAUGGUUACUUUGCUGAAGUUCAAAUACAUGAUUCUAAGAGACCAAAGCCCAAGCCUGAGCCACCACUAGUUUUUACUGAUACUCCAGAUGCACUGCCUGCAGAUGCAAAGAAACCACCAGCAAAAUAUGGUUCUAGAUAUUUGUUUGCUUGGUAGAAGAGCUUUAUACAUAAAAAACAUAUACUAUCAACUCUGAUAGGGCGAUUUUAGUACAGUAAAUUUAAUGUAGCUACCUGUUUAUUGUAUAUACUAUUUAAAUAAAAUUAUGAGAAGAUUAGUA